AACAAACCCUAAUCCAAAUCAAAAUCCCCUUCCCACUAUAAAUAUUCAUCCACACAAUUCUCAGAAGAAAGAAUAAUUAAACCCCAUGAAGUAUAGUGAGAUUUCCCACUUCAGCCACCCUCUACAUCCUCUGAAAUUUGUCUACUCUGAGUUCCCAUUUAAGUGCGAUGGCUGCAAAGAAGUAGGCAUAGGCUCUCGCUACAAAUGCUCCAAGUGUGAUUUUGAUCUCCAUAUGCACUGCGCAAUCCCUUCUCCUUCAAUCUUCCAUCCUUUCUACUACAAAUGCUCGUUUCAGUUCAUGUCUCGGCCUCCCGGCGACAAGCCUCGUUACUGCAAUGCAUGUGAGAGGAUCGUCAGUGGGUUUCUUUAUCAUUGCAGAGACUGUGGAUUUGAUCUUCACCCUUGUUGUGCAAAGUUGCCGAUGGUGCUCGACGACGGAGAAGUUAAGCUUUAUUUGCAUAGGAAAGUAAGUGCAACGUGUCACAAAUGUGGACGUCAAGGGAGGAGUUGGAGUUACAGGUCUUCAUGCAAGAAAUAUAAUCUUCACGUAGCUUGUGUUAAGGACAUGUUGGUGGAGAAUUGGGCAGAGCUUUAUCAUCCCGAGAAUAAUGGUAAUAAGAAAAAGGAUAAUAAAAUUCCCAGCUUAAAAAAUGCACUCCAAACUCACCACCAGAAGAGCAAGGGUAAGGUGCAGAAAUGUUGUGAGAUGGCAGGAUUGGCCGUGCAAUUUGUGAUCUCCGCCGUGCUCGGUGAUCCGACCACCAUUAUUGCUGGGUUUAUUGGGUCUUUGAUUGCAGGGUGAUGCAAUGGUGUAAUGUGGGAAUGGAAUAUAUCUGGUAAAAUUGUAGUAAUGGUUUUCUUAGUAUAAUUAUCUUUGAAAGGAAUGUUUGUGAAACUUUGGCAAAAUAUUGGAUAAAAGGGGUCCAUUCAUAUAUGCCUUUUUAUGUGAAUAAAUUCUUUACUUUAUGCUGUUUA